CAACCUGUGUUAGUGUAUACUCUUUGGUUCUGUUUUCCGUUGAUUUUAUUUUAUAAACAUAGACAUGUGAAUGUUUGUGAUUUGUUGCGCGUACUUUAACUUUAGUAUUUCACUUGUUUUGUCUAGUUAAGUUAAAUACACAUCAUAAAAUGGCUUCGUUAAGUGAAUUUGAAAGCUUGGACGAAGAAGUAAAAGAACUUCUAGAAAAUUAUAAAUUUAAGAAAGCGACUUUAUUUGAGCCAUGUACAGUUAAAAAUUUUAAAGAAUGUUUAAUAGGGAUAUACGAGGAAUUUGGACUUCUGAACAUCAACUACAUAUUUAAUCCGUAUAUAGAUGUUGAAAACGAUACCUUAACCACAGAAGCUUUGGUAAAACUUAUUAACUCUGUUUGGAUUUUAUUACGAAACUAUAAAAAUGUGGCAGAAAAGACAGAGAGACUGGAAGAGCGUAAUCAUGUUCUGGAAAGUAAUAACAGUCAACUUAACAGUAUAGUGACUAGAUUAAAAGAUAAAAUAAAAUUGGAGAAAAAUGAAUCAAAAGCCUGUGUUGCAUCUGCACAGAGGUUGACUGACCAGUCCAGUGAAAUAUAUAAAAAGUAUCUGGACACAAAUGCAAAACUUUUACAAGUUACAAAACAAAAAGAGACAACUGAAAGGGCUUUACAAACUAAAAUAUCAAAAUUACAAUUGGAAAAUAAUAAGUUAACAGACAAAUUGAGAAAUAAAUCAGAAUCCUACACCCCAUGUUCCGAAGUUUGUGAUACCACAAUUAUACAAAUAAAGGAACGGGAAAGAAACCAAAGAAAAGUUAUAGCUAAGCUUCAAGCAAAUAAUCAGGAAUUAUUACAUGAAGUACUGGCUUUGAAAGAAGAAUUAUUGCUGGAAGGCCUUCAUAAACCUGGAAGGACAAAAUAAAACAAAUACUUAAUAUCUAAAAUUUUUUAACAACUAUUAAUUAUUAAAACAACUUGAUGACUGUGUCUUACUUACUAUUAUUACUGCAAAUGAAGUUAUUUGCGAUUGAAAUCAUUUUUGUUGAUUAUUAUUAAUAAUAUUUACUUAUAUUGACAGUAUUAUUUGGCAUUAUUAAAUGUUAUUUAAACUAUUAGUUAAAUAAUGUA